CAAAUUCUGAAUCAGUGUUUUGAUGAAAUAGAGGCUUUUAUAGCAAGUCUACAGAAAGCUGCAGAUGCUUACACAGAACUCUCUCGCUUACGUCGUCAACGCAAAAGCAAGAAGCGAGAGCAUGGAGAUGGGCUCCUUAUUUCACGUUCAAGACCACCCCCAGAAGCAGACUAUGUUGAUUGUUUUCAGAAGUUCAAAUUUGCCUUUAAUCUCUUGGCAAAGUUAAAGGCUCACAUCCAUGAUCCAAAUGCUCCGGAACUAGUACACUUCCUGUUCAUUCCAUUGGAGUUGGUAGUUCAGAGUUGUCAGGGACCAGAGUUGGCUUCUUCCGUCGUUUCUCCUCUGCUCACACCACAAGCUAUUGAGCUUCUUCGCAACUGCCUCACAUCGAGAGAAAACGAUCUAUGGAUUACAUUAGGCCGUGCCUGGAACACACCAAAAUCAGCGUGGCCGAAGGAUCACUAUGUCCCAGUUUACACACCCCAGUUCCGCAAUGGUUGGGUUCCACCCCCAAACCCAGACAGCCAACAUCAGGAAUAUGGUCGGAAUGACAAUCAAAGACGAAGUAACUAUGGGCAACUCCCGCCCCAGCAACAGGGAACAUCAUCACUUGGGCCACCACCAACCAUGACUCCAACCCCACCUCCAGCAGUGGUCAACAGCGGCCAGCACUCACCUCGUUCUCUCCAGCCACGAAUUAGCAAAGCUACAUUUGACUUUGUUGCUCGCAACAACAAGGAGCUGACCAUUAUGGCAGGAGAAAUACUUGAGAUUCUUGAUGACCGCAGAAAAUGGUGGGAAGUUCGGAACUCAUCUGGACAACAAGGUUUUGUUCCAUCUACCAUCUUGGAGAUAACAAACCAACCAAAUACAAAUGCAUCAAACUCAAACAGUCGCAUUCCAACACCACCGCAGCAAUCCCCAAAUGGGUUUGGAGCACCAGGGAGUGGUCAGAUGCUCUACCAUCACCACCACAAUGGACAUCAACCCUUCCUCCAGGAUCAGGUUGAUGGCCCUAAAACUCCCCCAGUUGCACCGGCACCGGUUGCUGCACCAGCUCCAGCUCCUCCCCCAGCCCCUGCUAUUCCACCUCCACCUCCUGCUGUGCCCCCACUUUCGCAGACCAACAGUUGGCAGAGGAAAAGUAACACCACCAACAGUCAACCUGCUCAAACAAAAAAUGGUGUGUAUGUACCAGAUCACGAUGAUCAUGAUUAUGAUUAUGAUUAUGAUGAAUAUAUUCGUGCUCAAAAACUUGCAUUGGCUAAGAGUUCCAAGAAACAUGACGAACUCCAUGAUGAGUUGAUGCGGCGUGUCAACCAGGGUCAAGGGAGGAAUUUCAACAUUACCCGCACACCAUCAACCAAUACAGUUCCACUCACUUAUAACUCCACCCCAGCUGGUGUCACAAAAUGGCUACAGUCAAAGCGCUUCUCAAAACUAACGGUGGAUAGCCUUGGUGUUUUGACAGGCGCCCAGCUAUUUAGUUUGACCAAGGAAGAGUUGAAGCAAGUGUGCUUUGAUGAUGGCCCACGUGUUUAUAGUCAAGUGAUGGUGGCUAGAGCCCCCUUGGAGCAAAAAUCCACGACCUCUGAACUUGCAUUAAUAAUGGAGCGAAGGAAAGUACGAUCUUCCUCGAACGAGAGCGGUAGCCUGGACGAUAACAUUCCUCUCAACAAUCCUCCCCCGGACUUCAACCCUGCCCUCCCUAAUGUUUAGUGUCACUUCACUUGGUUAGGUAAUGUAAUUCCUUAUCAUGUGACAUUCCACCAUACAAUUAUUCAUUCUAAAUGCUUAUGCUGUAUAAUGUAAACACAUGACACAUAAAAAUAUACGCAUAUAUCAAAGACGUAAUGUAGUUGUAAUAAGAUUUCUGAUCUUCACAAAUGAAUAUUUGAUAAUCAUAAUAUUUGGUAUAUUUUUCUAGUGUAAUUGAAGGUUGUUGAUGUAGAUUUAAGCAUUCCGUAAAACAAAGCCUAGUAAAAAUACAAAUCAUAAUAAAAAAUAUUUAACUGUGGAGGGACAAAUCUAUUGUAAAUAUUGAUAAAUUACCUUAUUACUAAAAUUAUUUUAUAUAAUCAAUAAUUAAAUAUGUAUGGAAAUGAGAUGAAAACAUUGUAUGUUAUUGUUGUAACCUUGAAUUUGUUAUAAAUAUAUUUUUUAUUGCGAUUACUAUUUUCAUUAUUGAUAAUUUUACUGUUACCUUUCAAUAUAUUUACCUUUCUUUUUUUCAAUAUAAUAAUCUAUAUGAUCGUUGAAGGUUGUAAAACAAUGAUAAAAUAGAACAAUUAAUGGGAACUUACAAUAUUAUCUUUAAAAAGAUCUUAAAUUCAAUUUGGAUGAAAUUCAAACAUAGUAUAGUGAGGAUGUAUUGUUUAAAAACACUUUUAAUGACUAUGCAAGGGUGAAAUAGGAUCUUAACUUAAUUAGCUUUAUAAUUGACAUACUAUCAUUAUUAUUGUAUAAACAUAUUAAACAGGAAGUUUUAGUCGUAUUAUGUAUGCAACAUACUUUUAGAUAAUUGAUGAAUCAUUGCAUUUGUGAAAUUUAACCAAAUUGUGUUUAUUUUUUUGGUUUUGUUGUGCAUAUUGCCUUUAAAGUUGAUAUUUCAUU